GAGUUUUUCCAAAGUGUGUAUCUGAUAUCUGCUACAUUAGCUAUGAAAUUUAGGCGCUAAAAUCAUUUUAGCAAACAUCUAGAUAUUUAGAAACUUGAAGAAUUUAAUGUUUUUGCCUAAUUGCACGGAUGUGAAAUGACUUUAUGCUGAUUCCUCGAACUAUAAAUUAUAUUAAGAAGGUUUAACAGAAUUAUAUUUGACAAAGUGCAGAUAAAAAACAUAAUUGAUCAAAAUGCAUCGGCGAGGCGGAAAGCGCAUCCGAAUGGAUGACCCCAUUCCUCCGGAGUAUGAGAAUCCUGAAACCCCAGCAACUCCUUCUGUUGAUUAUCAUUCAAACAGCGCAGAAGAUCAUGAGCUGGGUGUAUCAGAGCCUAGUUCACAAUCUGAAAUGGAAAGUCCGCCAUCUCCUAUGAAACGAAUGACACGAGCUCGUGCCAGAGGUGUUCAGUAUGUUCCUCCUGUGAGCACGAGAAUGAUUCCUCCUGAUUCAGUUCCUACAACCCCACCAACGCGAAAAAGAAAACCAGGGCGUAAACCACUUCAUGAACAUCAUUCAGUUGAUGACAAAAGUCUUUAUUUUGUUUUAAGAAACAGUAAAGCACCAAUGGCCUCUAUUGUGGAUGAUUGGAUUGGAACAUACAGACAAAAUCGUGACACGGCAUUAAUAUCACUUAUUCAAUUCUUUAUCAAUGCAAGUGGAUGUAAAGGACGAAUAACACCACAAAUGCAAAGUGAAAUGGAACAUGCAGCUAUUAUUAGAAAAAUGACAGAAGAAUUCGAUGAGGAAAGUGGUGAAUAUCCUUUAAUAAUGACAGGACAAGCAUGGAAAAAGUUUCGGCAAAAUUUUUGUGACUUUGUUCAAACUCUUGUAAAGCAAUGUCAAUAUUCUAUUAUUUAUGAUCAAUUUUUGAUGGAUAAUGUUAUAUCAAUGUUGACUGGAUUAUCAGAUUCACAAGUUCGAGCCUUUCGACAUACUGCAACAUUAGCAGCUAUGAAGUUAAUGACUGCACUGGUGGAUGUCGCAUUACUUGUUUCUGUAAAUUGUGAUAAUUCACUUCGUCAGUAUGAGGCUGAACGCCUGAAAGCUAGGGACAAGCGUGCAACAGAUCGUCUGGAGUCUCUUAUGCAAAAAAGGACAGAAUUGCUGGAAAAUAUGGAUGAAAUAAAAAAUAUGCUUACGUAUAUGUUCAAAUGUGUUUUUGUUCAUAGAUACAGAGAUACUUUGCCAGAGAUUCGUUCCAUAUGUAUGGCAGAAAUUGGUGUAUGGAUGCAGAAGUUCCAUUCCAACUUCUUGGAUGAUUCUUAUUUGAAAUACAUUGGUUGGACUCUCCAUGACAAAGUUGGAGAAGUGCGUUUGAAAUGUCUACAGGCUUUAUUACCUUUAUAUGCUACUGAAGAGUUAAAAGGAAAGCUUGAACUGUUCACAAGUAAAUUUAAAGAUAGAAUAGUUGCCAUGACUCUUGACAAAGAAUAUGAGGUUGCUGUCCAUGCAGUGAAGCUUGUUAUUAGUAUUUUCAAAACUCAAAAUGAUAUUUUGACUGAUAAAGAUAGUGAGCAUGUAUACGAAUUAGUAUAUUCAUCACAUCGAGCUGUAGCACAAGCAGCUGGUGAAUUUUUAAAUGAACAUCUAUUUCGUUUAGAUGAAGAAAGUGCAACUGAACUUAGAUCAAAACGUGGUAAAAAACGUUUACCAAAUACACCUUUAAUUAGAGAUCUUGUGCAGUUUUUCAUUGAAUCUGAGCUUCAUGAACAUGCUGCUUACCUAGUAGAUUCCUUGAUCGAAAGUCAUCCAAUGAUGAAAGAUUGGGAGUGUAUGACUGAUCUUCUAUUAGAAGACGCAGGGCCUUCAGAAGAAGUAUUGGAUAAUAAACAAGAAUCUAGUUUGAUAGAAAUAAUGGUGUGUUGUGUGAGACAAGCUGCUACAGGCGAACCACCUGUGGGAAGGUCUAGUUCAAGAAAGAUGGCGCUAAGUGCAAAAGAAAAUAAACAAGUUUUAGAUGACAAACAAAAACUAACCGAGCAUUUUAUUAGGACUAUUCCUAUGCUUUUGUUAAGAUUCGGUGCAGACUCGGAGAAGCUGACAAAUUUAUUAUCGAUUCCGCAAUAUUUCGAUUUAGGAAUCUACACAACAUCACGUCUAGAAAAUAAUCUGCAAGCAUUAUUAUCAAAAUUGCAAGAAAUUAUAAUUAAUCAUACUGAAAGCGAAGUACUAGAAACUUGUAGUAAAACUCUAGAAUAUUUGUGUAAAGAGGGCACUCAUAUUUCAAUAAGAUGUGAUGUUGUAAAAUCAAUUAUUAUCGAUCAUUGUGUAGAUAAAUAUAAUUAUGCAAUGGAUGAUUGGAGAAAUAUUAUCAAUGGGGAUGAAACUCCUGAUGAUGAUGAAACAUUUAAUGUGGUGAAUAGCUUGAAGAAAAUUUCGAUUCUGUAUUCAUGCCAUAAUAUUAACCAUAAAAAUUUAUGGCAAUCUAUCAUAAUUGAUAUAAUUGAAUGCCAAAAUGGCAUUACUGAUAAGAGUUUACCUAGUGAGGCUUUGAAAUACUGUAUAGAAGCAUGUUACUUUUCCUUGAUUUGGGAUUUAGCUACUAUUGAAACAAACACUGAUCCUGUUGAUUGUGCGUCUUCAAUCCAAACUCUAAGAUCUAGAUUAGAUCAAUAUAUACAUGUUUGCAAGCAAAUUAUGACUAAUGUAAAUGAUAAUGAUUUACGUGAAGCUGCAUAUUCUUCUAUUUGUGAUUUAGCCAUUAUGUUUUCUGAACAAUUAGCUGUCCACCCGAAGGAGAUGAUGCAUCCUCUGGUGUACAUUCCAUGUGCAGAAACACAGACAAUAUUAAAUGAUUUUGUACAGAACUAUGUCUUCAUACAACAUCAUGAAGAAGGGCAUGACGAGGGACGAAUCGAAGAGCUGCACAAACGUCGCAACUUUUUAGCAGCAUUUUGCAAACUCAUAGUAUAUAAUAUUAUACCAACUCAAGCUGCUGCAGAUGUGUUUAAGCACUAUGUUAAGUGCUACAAUGAUUAUGGUGAUAUUAUCAAAUCAACUUUAGGCAAAGCACGUGAGAUUAACAAAGUAAAUUGUGCAAUGACCAUGAGUUUGAGUUUAACCGGAUUGUUCAAGGAUUUGCAAAUGAAUGUGCCGGCUGGUGUUAAGGUUCCCAGAAAUACAGAGGAAUUUGCAGAGUUGAAAGAGUUAGCAAAACGUUUUGCUUUAUCUUUUGGCUUGGAUGCUGUGAAAAAUCGUGAAGCUGUUACUGCUUUGCAUAGAAGUGGUAUAUUGUUCAGUGUAACCGCAGUCGACGAGUGCGAUGACCCCACAAGAGCACCUUCGCGUUUGCCUUUCUUGGAGAUUUUGAACGAGUUUACUAAUAAGUUGCUAAAGCAGGAUAAAAGAGUUGUAUUAUCAUUUUUGGAACGCCGCAUCAAUGACGGGAUGCCUUCAAGUCGUACUGAUGAAUGGCAACCAUUAUUCAUAUAUCGUAACUCAUUACUGCAUGGAGAAACUGAUGCUGCACCUGUGACAUCAAAAAGAGCAUACACACGCAGGAAAAAGGAUAUAAGUCAUGCCGAUGAAGAUGAAGAGGCAGAUGGUGAAAAUAUGGACUCUGAUAACGAAUAUCCUUGAAUUUUUAUAUAUAAUGUAUUUGUAUUCUUCCAAUUAUGUUUAUAUAUUUAAAACAAAAUAUCGAUAAUUUUAAAUAUAUGUUUCGUAUUAUAACGUUUAUAUGCUAGAUUUAUGUAAAG